AUUUACAAGGUAGGGGUUGUUUUUAAUUGUACAGGACGCACAUUUUAUUUUAAUUAGAAUUCCAAAGGCCAGUUGGAACAUUUGUUAUAUAAAGGUUUGCACGCUGUCUUUUGCUGGUCAGACUUCAUAAGCACUCUUCUCCUUUGCUGUCAUGUUUGAGAAUAGUUCUGACGACUUCUUCCUGCCUUCACAUGAAGAAGAGGAGCUUGUGGACAGCCUGUUGCGCAGCAAAGAUUCACACGACGGGGGCUUAACCCUCGCCAAAGCUCUGCUCCCCCUGACGGAGGAGUCCCCCUCCCCGUCGUUUAUGCCCUGGGUCUGCUCCACCCGCUAUAAAACGGAGCUGUGCACCAGCUACUCGGCCACGGGGUUCUGCAAGUACGCCCAGCGCUGCCAGUUCGCCCACGGCCUCCACGAGCUCCGGAUUCCCUUCCGCCAUCCCAAGUACAAGACGGAGUUGUGUCGCAGCUACCACACCACCGGCUACUGCUACUAUGGCAGCCGCUGCUUGUUCGUCCACGACUCCAUGGAGCAGCGGCAGAGCGUCCGUCGCCGUAGGAACGUCCCGUGCCGGACCUUCCGGGCCUUUGGCGUCUGCCCCUUCGGAACGCGUUGCAACUUCCUGCAUGUCCAGGAUGGAGAGGUGGGAAGCGCUAGCGACGCGGCGGACUGUGAGAAGACUCCGUCUCCCCCUAGAACCCAGGGUCCGCCGCAGUCUAAGGAGUGGAAGCCCCGGGGAGCGUUGUGUCACACCUUCAGCUCGUUCGGUUUCUGCCUCUACGGCACGUGCUGCCGCUUCCAGCACGGCCUCCCCAGCAAGAUCAAGGGCCAAGGCGGGAACCCGCUGUCUCAACUGUCCUCGACCAGUUCUCACUUGCCCGGCUCCACCUCCUCGUACUUCUCGACUUCUUCGUCUCCCUCCAUUUCCCCCCUCGACACGCCGUCAGAAGCCGCCGUCCACAACGCUUUCACUUUCUCCAGCCAGCACCUGAACGACCUGCUGCUGCCACUGGCCCUCCGUCUGCAGCAACUGGAGAGCAACGACGCCCAGGAGAUCUGGGCCAGUAGCACGCCUUAAACUUGACGCAAUUAAAGUGUUUUUUAAGUGGCGUAAUUGCCAAAACUUUUAUUUUAAAUUUUAAGUAACUUUUUCUGUGACUUGUCUUUCAGCAGGUCAAGGUGAACAGAGCUAUUUAGUUAUCUGUUAGAGUACCUCUGGACAGCUAGUUGGUCUCCAGCUAAUGGCACGAUUUUAAUGUUUUACCAGGUUCAUAUAUUAACAUGGCUGUGUAAAUUAACUGUCAAUAUUAUGAAUAAACUGAUUUUUAACCUAUUGUAUGGUAACUUCUGAUUUGUCCUGGGAUUUCUAGAAUUUGAGUGAUGCUGAGCAAUGUGUAGUUCUGAAACUGUAGAGGUAAAACUGAAUUGAAAAUUAGUUUAACACA